AAGUUGGGAGAGCAACAGAGAACGGAAGGAGGAUGGAAGAAGGAAAGAAGAGAAGAACAAAGAUAGCAGUGACCUUACAGGGCAGCAUAUUUCCCGCUGUGUUGAUCUCUCUGUGAACCUCUGUGCUGGAGCAUAUGAACUCCUAAAUUUAUACCCUGACCCAUAAUUUAACGUGGAAUUCAACCCCUUGUACCCAAUGAGUUUGAUACCUCUGGGCUAGAGCAAUUAUGAGAAUGAUACAGCUACUGUCUCCUCAAGCAGGCCAAGUUCUUAUAAGUUGGAAGUCUAAUGGUUGCUUUUUGCCCUGCCUGAGCUUCUGAGCAUGUGCACCUGGAGGAAACACCCUCACACUAUUCUUUGUGGCAAGGGAGAGGACAGUAUGCAGGCUAUUCCUCCUCCGGACCGACUAUGGGCCUGGUGCCCAGGCAUAUACCACGAUGAGCAGGGCCAUGUGUGGGUGGCUGUGCUCAGAAAAGAUCCAGAGACGGGCAUCCUGUGGGCCAGGGUGCGGGCUGAGCAGGUUCCUCUGGGGGAUUCCUGGACCCGGAGUCAGUUCCCCCUCUCACCCCUACCCCAUCUGUGGCAGUGGUGCCCUUGUGGGCUCUACCGUGCAGCUGGGGGGAUAGGAGAAGAUGAAUGGUGGCUGGAGAGCCAUCAGGUGGUCUCUGGUGUCCCAGAGAUACUUCUCCGCCAACUACACAGAUGAGGCCAUAGUGAAGUAAAAACGUGAGGCUGGCAGCACCUCUUGGGAGCAGGCCUGGUUUGAGAGUUUUAAAUAUAUAUACUUUCUAACUCUCUUUCUUUCUCUCAUUUUUUCUUUAAACAAGGCGACAUGAACAAGGAUAAAAGGAAGAUGCAUUUUUUUUAAAAACGUUCAGUAAUGCAGUAUUAAUAUAAACCUGUUGUGUUAUAAAACGUUUAUUAAAAAUGUAACGGGACCUUCCUAAAAUGGUGAAGAUGUAGUACUUUAUUCCAUUGAUCACAAAAUGAAAGCCCUUUUUUUGGGAGUUACAAAUAACAAUUUUUUUUUUUGCCUGUUUA